UUCUUUUUCAUCCACAUGAAUGAAACAACUCCAGUAACUACAUCUGCCGUAAUAAAUACAGGUUCAGCAACAGCAAAAAUAUCAACCACAGCAGCCGCAGCAACGACCAACACAACAGCAACAACAGUUGCAACAAUAACACCAUCAACAACAGCUGCAUCAACAACAACUGCUAGUAAUACGUCAUCUACUACAAAGUCCAUGACACCCACCACAGCAACAUCAAUAACAACAACAUCGGCUGGUUUUGGUGCCACAACAGUUUCCACAAGUGGCUCACAGAUAUCCUCAGUGGUUCCAAGUCCUUCACCCAGAUCCCCUACAUCACAGUCGAGCUCUAUCGACUCUAGGAGUGUUAGUAACUCCACAGUGACUCAAGUGACCACCAUGACAACAUCAACAACRACAACACCAGUCGUGCAGCCUACAACAUCACCACCAAAAACCAAGGCUAUCAGCAUAAAAGUAACCUUCGAUAUAACAUUCAAAGUGGAGUACAGAAACAAAGAAUCUAAUGCCUACAAAGAGCUGACGACAAAUUUCACCAAAGUUCUGAAUGCGACUUUUAGUAAAAUGGAAGGGUUUAUUCGCGUAGUGGUCCUCUCCUUACGCGAAGGAAGUGUCGUCUGUGAUUUUGAUGUUAUUUUCAAGGAGACUGCAAUCCCCAAAGUGGAAGACGUGAAGGCAACGUUAGUUAAGGCUCGCAAAAACAACCAGCUUGGGGGUUAUGGUGUUAAGAAGAUAGAAGUCGAAGGAGAAAAAAAAGAUGAAACGACCAAAGAUGAUUUGCCUUUGUGGGCUACUGUGACUUUGAUUCUUCUUGGAGCUUUGGGACUGGUUCUGCUGAUAACAGUCAUCAUUCUUGCGGUUUUAUUGAAGCGUAAUAAAGAAAGUGGGCCACUCUAUCAGGUGUCCGGGGAGGAAUGGUCCCAUUACGAAUCAAUGUGUAUGGGUGAUUAUAAAGUGAGAGCUGGAGAGGUAGGACACGGAAGACUUCGAAAUGGAGACAACAAACAGCCAGUUUACGAAAAUCAUCCUACUUCUCAUUCUAACUUGACCUACCAGGUUCCUGCAAAUGGAGAAUGAUCUAAUACAAGACCCAAAGAAGCAACAGCCCACCAACUUACGAACGAAUUAUCUCACAUGAAGAUUGUUUUUCAUAUAUAAAUGGCUUUAAUUGUCAAGAUAAAAUUGACAUCGUGCCGAUGCUUCACAAAAAGUAGUUUAGAGAGGUUCAUUUUCAAAAUCUCUAAGGUAGGGAGAGACCAACGGUAAGAUGUAAGCAUAGUACAAAAACAUCGUAGUAUGGCACCACUAUAAGCAACAGGGUCAACCUACAAACUACGGGCUAUGAUAAAAGGGUAAAUUAUACACCGUGAAAAGAUGAAAACAUUUACUGACGUUUCGAACGCUAGUCCUUCAUCGGGGCGUUCGAAAACGUCAGCAAGUUUUUUCAUCUUUUCACGGUGUAUAAUUUACCCUUUUAUCAUUACUGUUUUAUUAGAAACACCGACGCAGCUAACACUAGUUUUUAGCUAGUUAUCUCUACUUUCCAGUUAAUUACCUUUAAUAAGGGAUUAGUGUAUAUAAUGCAUAAACGUAGCAAAAGGAACUAGUUGGGAACGUGAAAACCUAACGAGAACCAUGCUUUGCGGUAAUAUAAUGAUGUUACAUGCUAACCAAGAAUAAAUCAGCGAUGUUGGUGUACACAUAACAAGAGAAGCUAACGAGAAAUCUUUGGUUAACGGUACACCAACAUGAUGGUGAUGAUGUCACAUGCUAACCAAGAAUAGAGUCAUGACAGCUAUGUUGGUGUACAUAACAAGAGAAGCUAACGAGAAAUAGGAAUAUCUAAUAUAUUCUAUGUAUUGAUCUAUAGAGAGCAGACAGACACAUAUAUACGCGGGUACGUUGCAUCAUUAUUGUUCAUUUUCAGAACGAAUUUUUUUAGUUUCUAACCACAAAAUAAAUGUUAGAAAGUGGUUUGAUUUAACCCGUGAAAUAGUAAGUUAACAGUUCCCUGCGCCAUCUUGAAAGGCAUCCGUGCCUCUACAUCGAAGCGAGACGAACGGUAAGCUCGCAAUGAUAGACACAUUGAAAUAAUUGAUGAAGGGGUUAAAAAACGUCUCUGUCAUGGAGCUCACCGUUCGUUUCGCUUCGAUGCAAAGGCACCGCUACCUUUCAAGAUGGCGCAGGGAACUGUGAAAGGGACUAUUUAUCAUUUUUCGUUCACCAGCGUAAUUCUCGUUUCAUUGGUUAAGUAAAAUUACUCUAUCGAAAAUGUAAUUCAGUAGUACUAGUCUAGAAAUUACUGCGCAGGCGUAGAAUAGAAACUUAUAAAAUAGCAUAAUUAUAAUACCCUGACCGUACGCAUGUAAGAUAAACUCGCUUAAAUUCCCGAGCAUGUCCAGUAAAUCUACUAUUUGGCUAUACGCCGUUUUCUCAAGGUUGCGUACGCAUCCAAUCUUGACGGGCCAGAAAACUGAGAAACGCACAUUCAGUAAAAUCAUCUUGAGAAGUCAGUUUUAUAUUUAAAGAGGAGAAUAAUCAAUUUUAUGAAUUGUUAUCAAAAUAUCUCAUAAAAAAUUAUGACUAUUCUUAUUAAGCUCCUGUUCUUGUAUCGUGGACGCGUCACGUUCCUUAAGUUUGGAUAAGGAAAAGGUCUAUUCAUUAUUUCUUAAGCACAAAGGCUUUCUGUUUUAUUUAAACGGAGCCUUUAUGCAUAGAUGUCCUAGUAAAUUUACCUGUGUCUGCGGCCUUGUGCAGUAUACUAUGCAUAGCAUUCUUUGGAACUGUCAGAAUUUUUACUUCUUUAAUAUAUUAUUAGUAAUUAAACAUCAAAGAUGAAAUAUGUAUGGUAGUUUUUACGGUAAAAUAAAUUUAAGAUAUUGUCUAGA